UGGUAUAUGGACAGUCUACUGAUCUACCUCUAUUAUUUAAUUGGUGUGAAAUGAUUGUUUUGGGCUUAUUCGUGUUUGGUUUUUGUUGUUUUUUUACCCAGGGGAAUUUAAAAUAUGAGGAUAAUUUUGGAAGAUCAGUGAUCAUGAGAUAUUAUAUAAUCAUUUUGUUCUUUUCAGUAAUAGUCUGCUCCUCGGAUGUGUCCUCUAAUGUGGAUGUUGUUCAGGAAGAUGUAAAAGUAGUUCGAGCUGGAGAGGAUGUGAAUCUUACUUGCAGCUUUUCAAAGCUUCUGCAAUCAACAAGAGCAUGGUUUAAACGGACAUCCAAUGGAAAAUCCAUACAAGUUGUGUCUCUAUAUUUAAAUCAACAACCCAGCUGGAAUAAGGACUUUGAGAAAAUGAAUCGUUUUAAUGUUACCAAAGGAGAUGAUCAUUUUAAUCUGAUCAUUUUACAGACAAAGCCUUCAGAUUCAGCAACAUAUUACUGUGUCGUCGCAUCAUAUUACAGCAUUGGAAUGAGUGCAGGCACUAGAUUAUUUUUUAAAGCUGGACACACAUCUCUUCAGCAGUCUUUGAUAGACACGCUUCAUCCAGGGGAUUCUGUGAAUUUGCAGUGCAGCAUCUUCAGUGAGAGUUGUGCUGGAGAACACAGCGUCUACUGGUUCAGACAAAGCUUGGGAGACUCUCAAGGAGUCCUUUACACCAAAGGAGAGAGAAAUGGCCAGUGUAAGAACAGCAGUGAGUCUCAAACACAGAGCUGCGUCUACAAUCUCCUCAAGAGCAACAUCAGUGACUCUGAUGCUGGGAUUUACUACUGCGCUGUGGCCGCAUGUGGAGAGAUACUGUUUGGAAAAGGAACUCAACUCAAGUUUAAAGAGAGUGGAGUAAAUACAACCCUGCUUGUUCUUGGGAUUUCAAACAUCGUAUUUUUAACUUUAGCCUUUUUUCUUGCCAUAAAACUAUGCCAGAAUCAGAAUAAAGGUAAGGUUUCUUUUUAGCACACACUGAUAA